AUGGCUGACAAUAAUACGAAAUUUAAUCGCGGCGGUGCUGAACUAACCAUUGAACUGCUGGAUAAACUUCAAGCUGCCACAAACAAGGAAAAUGUUUUAAUUUCCCCCAUGUCCAUACAAACAUGUAUGGCCUUGGCAUUUACCGGUGCCAAGGGUGCCACCGCCGACGAAAUUGCCAAUGUUAUGAAAUUUCCAUCAAACUGUCCCAAAGAUGUUGCCAAUCGUUUUCAUCAGCUUUUAUCUAAAUAUGAAAAUAACAAAUUAGUAAAAAUGGCCAAUAAAGUUUAUGUUCAAGAGGGACAUACCAUUAAACCGGAAUAUGCUGCCAUAACUAAGGAGAAAUACUAUGCCUCUGCUGAGUCCAUUAAUUUUGCUGAAAAUGUUGCGGCCGCAAAUAAAAUCAACAACUGGGUAGAAGAAAAAACAUCGGGCCAAGAGAAAUUCGAUCCCGAAGAUACCAAAGAAGAUGAUUUCUGGUUAAAUGAAAAUGAAUCAAUUCAAGUGGAAUUUAUGCGUAAGCAAGGUGAUUUUCGUUUGGGCUAUUUGCCAGACUAUGAAUGUGAGGCAUUAGAAAUGCCCUAUAAAGAUUCCGAUUUGAGUAUGUUUGUGCUAUUGCCCGUGAAACGUGAUGGACUCAAAGCCUUGGCGGAGAAAUUAAAAGGUGUAAAUCUAUUGGAUUUGGAUCAACAGUUGAGCACAGCCAGCAAUAUGAUUGUUAAAUUUCCCAAAUUUAAAAUUGAAUAUUCGAUUGAGCUGUCGAAAGUAAUGCAAGAGAUGGGAAUUAAAGCCGCUUUUGCAGAGGCUGAUUUAAGUGAUUUAUUGGUAUCAGCCAAGGGGGUUUAUGUUUCGGAAAUUUAUCACAAAACUUUUAUUGAAGUCAAUGAGGAAGGUUGUGAAGCAGCCUCUGCAACAGGAAUGAUAGGCCUGAUGGGUGUAAAUAAGGCCUUAAGUCAAACAGCUGAUUUCAGCAAUAUAUUACAAGCUUCCAAUAAUCUUAAAAUUUCACAAAUCUUUCAUAAAACAUCGAUUAUUGUAAACGAAGAAGGCACGGAGGCUGCUGCAGCCACGGGCAUGAAAGGCAUGGGUAUAAAGACCGUUUUUGAAGCAGCCGAUUUAAGUAAUCUGUUAGAAUCUGAAACAAAGGGUGUUUAUGUUUCGGAAAUUUUCCAUAAAACUUCCAUUGAAGUUAACGAAGAAGGAUGUGAAGCAGCUGCUGCUACAGGAUUAGUAGCUACAUUCCGUUGCAUGCCACGACAAUUUAUGGCCGAUUGUCCAUUUUUAUAUAUUAUUUGGAAUAAGAAGAAUAUUUUGUUUGCUGGUGCUUUUGUUAAACCGCCACAGAUUGCAGCAUAA